UCCACUACUACUGUACUCAUGUACACUGUCCACUUUGUGUGUCCACUACUACUGUCCACUUUGUGUGUCCACUACUACUGUACUCAUGUUCACUGUCCACUUUGUGUGUCCACUACUACUGUCCACUUUGUGUGUCCACUACUACUGUACUCAUGUUCCCUGUGUUACCAGGAGGCCGUGAAGCUGCUGUUCCAUACGUGCGAGUCGUCCGGUCUGUUCGUGUUCGCCGUCGAGCCCAGUCUGCUCCGUGCGCUUCGCGUGGGGACUCAGAGACGUCUGGAGCUGUGGGGACAGGAUCGGCAUGACUCGGUGGCUGUGGGGGUCAAGGACGCGGGCCUGGAUCAGAUGCACCUGGUGAUGUCUGCCAUGAGACGCGCGGGCUACCAGAACUGGGUCAAAGUGGACGCCGACCCCCGGGGCUUGUCCGUUGCCUCGCAGACCUCUCAGCGCUCCGUGACCACCCACUUCCUGUUGUGGGUUCCCGUGGCGGACCGUCGGCCCAUGGUCAUUCACAUGGUGGUGUUCUACAAGAGGGGAGACCACUACUGGCACAGCGCGCUCUCCGACCCCUCUCGACCCCCGCCCUUUGAUAUGAAGGGUUCAUCGUUCCACCACGCUGCAGGGAUAUAUGACCUGUUUGAACUGGGGACUGUCACGGUGGACGGAGUGGAGAUACGCUAUCCCAACGACACGUUUGCCUUCCUCAAGGAGAAAGAGAGCUCCGAGUUCAUUGAGUGCGACUACAAAAGGGCGUAUCUCUUCAACCAGCAGUUUCCCCCAGACCCCAGCGACCGAGCCAAGACAUUCCGCAGGAAGUCUCGCCAGCUGCUGGCGCUCACCAAGAAGGUUCUGGAAGCUCUGGAGAUCCCCUUCUGGCUGAGCAGUGGCACGUGUCUAGGAGUCCGACAGUCUGGAGUUGUCCUUCCUGUACGGAGACAUCAAACUGGACGUGUUUUUCUUCUACGAGACGCGCGACUACUCGUGGAACGGGGGCACGCAGGCCAGCACCGGGGCUAAGUUCAAGUACAUUUUCCCGUGUGUCGUGUGUCCCCAGGUACAUUUUCCCGUGUGUCGUGUGUCUCCAGGUACAUUUUCUCAUGUGUCCUGUGUCUCCAGGUACAUUUUCUCAUGUGUCCUGUGUCCCCAGAACUUUGGACUAUUGAGGGCCAAGAGCUCUCCAGUCUUGUAUCUUCUGAUUCAGACAUUUUCUCUGUGA